AAACCAAGACUUGUCCUGCGUCGCCAAGCUUUGAAUUACCCACUCUAUGGAUACCAAAUUGAAGGCGGAGGAGCUCGAGGAGGCAAAGCCCGCCCCCUCAAUCGAUAUGGCGAUCACGCACAACAGGAGAAAUUAUCGCGGAAGAUACUACUGAAGUUGGAUACGCGAAUUCUUCCUAUACUGGCCCUGCUUUUCCUAUGCUCUUUUCUCGAUCGGACGAAUGUCGGUAAUGCGAAGAUACUCGGCUUGGAGAAGGACCUCUCUAUCACUGAUCAUCAGUACGACAUCGGUUUGGCUGUAUUCUAUCUUACCUAUAUCUGCAGCGAGUUGCCGAGUAACCUUGUGCUCAAGAAGGCAUCGCCGAAACUUUGGUUGCCUUUUUUGACGGUUCUUUGGGGUAUCAUCACUAUGUGCCUUGGUUUUGUGCAGAAUUUUGCUGGUUUCGUGGCUGUUCGCGCUUUGUUGGGUAUUGCGGAAGGUGGUCUGCUUCCGGGCAUGGUUCUAUACCUGUCUACCUUCUAUAGACGAGGUGACCUCGCUCUGCGGAUUGGGUUGUUCUAUACGGCUGCUUCUCUGUCUGGUGCCUUUGGAGGUCUUCUUGCCCGUGGAUUAGCUGAAAUUGGACCUCGCGGAGGCCUAGAAGGCUGGCGCUGGAUUCUGAUCAUUGAAGGACUAUUGACCUUUGUCUGCGGAGUACUGAGCUUCUUCGCCCUCCCAAACUCCCUAGAGUCAGCAACCUUCCUGACUACCGAGGAAAAGGAAUUCGGUCGGGAGAGGCUGAUGCUCGAUAAUCCCAGGACCCUAGAAGGAAACCUAGCCUCAGAAGCAGAAUCCUUCAAAUGGUCCGAAGUACGCCGCGGCGUCCUAGACCUCCAAGUAUGGUUCUCCGCCACAGCCUACUUCGCCAUCCUAUCAGGGCUAUACUCCUUCGGCCUAUUCCUCCCAACAAUAAUCAAAAACCUCGGCUUCGCCAAAGACGCCAACGAGGUCCAACUAUGGUCUGUGAUCCCCUACGCCGUGGCAGCGGUAGUCACCGUAAUCGUGGCAUUUAUCUCCGAUCGUCUGCGCCUCCGAGGCGUGGUCAUGCUAUUCACCCUUCCGAUUGCUAUAAUUGGCUACGCUGCCAUUGCCAAUAUCGAUUCUCCUCGCGUCCAAUAUGGAAUGACUUUCCUUAUGGCUACCGGGCAAUAUGCCAGUGUACCUUGUAUCUUGGUGUGGCUGUCAAAUAACUCGGCUGGGCAUUAUAAGCGGGCUACUACUUCGGCGAUGCAGUUGGCUAUUGCUAAUUGUGGGGGUUUUGUUGCGAGUAAGUUUCUCAGCGUUCUAUUUUCUCCAUUCAUUACUUCUAUGGUAUUGACGGUUGGUGUUCUAGCUUUCAAUUAUCCGUCUAAGGAUGGCCCUCUCUUCCAUCGUGGACACACGAUUAUUCUUGGUCUUCUGGUAUUUGCAUGGUUCAUGAUCCUGCUUAACGUUCUUUACUGCGCAAAAAUCAACCGAGACAAGAAGAACGGCAAAUACGACCAAUACAUUGGUUACAACGACGACCGCAACCCAGAAUUCGUGAUGAUUCUUUGA